GAGGGAGGCUGGUGAAGCCGCGGAUAUUCAUGAAGACGGCAAGUGUUUUUUUUCUUCUCUCUCGCCGUGGUGACACACUGCUAGUCUGCAGAGAGACGGAGGGGAGAGAGAAGGGGAAGGAGACGAGUGAAAGCAAGACGAGGCCCAGCCCAUCUUGCCAUUGAUCUUGAGGCGAUCAAGGGGAAUCUACUCUACACACUGAGACAGAUUCAAGGAUGGAUCCCUGCAACUCAAACCUGGAGUUAUGACAUCUGGGCUUCAUAUUUAACACUUCUCCCUAUGCAGAAUUUGGAUCCGACUGACCGAUCAGACAGUGGGAAACUGAUCUGAGACUUGGUGCAAAUCCUCCCACAAGCUGGAUCUGGAUUAUUGAUUGUUGCAUUCAUGUGGGAUCAGGUUGACAACUGGGAAAUGUCAUGCGAACAAUACUCCAAGUUGGAUAAACAUUUUAGAAAACUUGGGAAAAUGUUUUCUUCAACAGUGACGUCAUGAACUCUGACCGGGAUAUACCAUUGGCUCGUCUGGCCAGAGCAAGACGACAUGCAGACAGACUUAUUUUUUCCCAGAAACUCGUAGUUUACACUAAAAUGGAGUGAGAAUAUUCAUUUUGCUUUUGAUUUUCUUCCACCUUUGGCUUGUUGGGGGAAAAAUAACACAGUUCAAAACAAAGGUCAUCCACCUCAGACGGAACCUGGAGCCUCUGAGGGGCACUUAAAUGCACCUUUAGCAUUUAACGGCAGGUUGGACGCCAUCUGAAGUCUGAGGUGUGGACGGAGCGUGAGCGAGGCGGUUGGCUGGCUGAGUCAGCUCCAAUGGGGGCCGGUUGUGACCCGGUCUGACCCCGGUUUGACCUUGCAGUGACCUUUGACCUCUCCGGUCCUGGCUCUCCACCUGCUUUGCUGCCUGGGUUCAGGAACGCUCCGCCCUGGGGCCCAGAACGAGCCAAUCAGGAUGAAGAAGAGCCGCAGCGUGCUGUCUGUGACUGGAGAAGAGGGUAAAGACACAGAUAUAACAGGUGCUGGGGAGAAGGCGGAGUCAUCUCGCUACAGCCGAUCUUACACGUCUGGGGCCACACUGGGGGCUGAGCUACGCAGAGGGAGGAGCAGAAGACUUUCGUCCAGUCUCCAGGUACCCUGCUGGCUCCGCCCCCGAGACCGCACUCGUUCACCUGAGGUCCUGAGCAACGUGUCGCGUCCAACCACUCUUCCCCUCCGCAUCCCGCCGCGCAUCUCCAUCACACAAGCAGACGCUGACGGUUACGAAGCAGAAAAUGGCGUGUCACCAGGUCACACCCCGCUGGGUUCCCAGAGUCCCGGCAUCACCCUGCACACCUCUUUGCCCCAGGGCCAGAGAAGAGAGUCCUUCCUCUACCGCUCGGACUCGGACUACGACAUGUCACCCAAAACGGUCUCACGUAACUCCUCCCCUCGCCAGCACUCAGGAGAGGACUUCAUUGUCACACCUUUUGCUCAGGUACUGGCCAGCCUGCGAUCCGUACGGAGCAACUUUACCAUUCUUGCCAACAUCUCACCAGUCAAGCGGUCUCCUGUGGGAGGAGUGUGUCUCAGUCCCCGGGCGUCACUAUCAGACCAGCAGUACCAGCAGCUCGCUCUGGACACACUGGAGGAGCUGGACUGGUGCUUGGACCAGCUGGAGACCAUCCAGACGCACCGCUCCGUCAGCGAAAUGGCCUCCAACAAAUUUAAGAGGAUGCUGAACAGAGAGCUGUCCCACCUGUCAGAGAUGAGUCGCUCUGGUAACCAGGUGUCUGAAUACAUCUCCAGCACCUUCAUGGACAAGCAGAACGAAGAAAUCCCGUCUCCUACCCUGAAAGACAAAUCUAUGAGUCACAUCACCGGCGUGAGGAAACUGUCUCACAGCUCCAGCCUCUCCAGCUCUUCAAUGCCUCGCUUCGGUGUCAACACAGACCACGAGGAUGAGCUCGCCAAGGAGUUGGACGAUCUAGACAAGUGGAGUUUUAACGUAUUCAGAGUAGCUGAAUUCUCCAACAACAGACCUCUCAGCUGCACCAUGUACACCAUCUUCCAGGAGCGGGAUCUGCUGAAGACGUUUCGUAUCCCGGUCGACACCUUUGUCACUUAUGUGAUGACGCUGGAGGACCAUUACCAUGGAAACGUAGCGUACCACAACAGUCUCCAUGCUGCAGACGUCACCCAGUCCACACAUGUCCUCCUGUCCUCACCUGCUCUUGAUGCCGUCUUCACCGACUUGGAGGUUCUCGCCGCUCUGUUCGCCGCAGCUAUCCACGAUGUAGACCACCCCGGAGUUUCCAAUCAGUUCCUCAUCAACACCAACUCGGAGCUGGCCCUCAUGUAUAACGAUGAGUCUGUUCUGGAGAACCAUCACCUCGCUGUGGGCUUCAAACUUCUGCACCAGGAACACUGUGACAUCUUCCAGAACCUCACCAAGCGGCAGCGCCAGAGCCUUCGCAAGCUCGUCAUCGAUAUGGUGUUGGCCACAGAUAUGUCCAAACACAUGACUCUACUGGCGGACCUGAAGACCAUGGUGGAGACCAAGAAGGUGACCAGCUCAGGUGUGCUGCUCCUGGACCACUACACAGAACGGAUACAGGUGCUGAGGAACAUGGUGCACUGUGCAGACCUGAGCAACCCCACCAAGACGCUGGCGUUGUACAGACAGUGGACGGAGAGGAUCAUGGAGGAGUUCUUCCGACAGGGCGACAAGGAGCGGGAGAGAGGGAUGGAGAUCAGCGCCAUGUGUGACAAACACACCGCCUCCGUGGAGAAGAGUCAGGUGGGUUUCAUCGACUACAUCGUCCACCCGCUGUGGGAGACGUGGGCUGACCUGGUGCACCCGGACGCCCAGGAGCUGCUGGACACGCUGGAGGAGAACAGGGAGUGGUAUCUGAACACCAUGCCCCAGUCUCCCUCGCCCCCCCCGGACAGACACCUGCAGCACGACCGCUUCCAGUUCGAACUCACGCUGGAGGACAUGGAGCACAACAACCACAACCACAUACACCUGAGGAGCAACGGCGGGAGCAACGGCGGGAGCAGCGGCGCCGCAGACCAAACGCAGGACGAUGCAGAAACUGAGAAGGAAGACGAGCAGAAUCACAACAGCGAACACAACGGAGUCCAAGAUGAGGAGGAAGAGGAGACUGGAGAGGGAGAAGAAGAGGAGGUGAAGGAGAACGCAGAUGAGGGAGAACAUGAAGAGGACCAAGUGGAAGAAGACGGAGGAGGGCAGACAGACGAAGUGAACGAUGCAGCGGAGGGUGAGGAGACUAAAGAAGAGGAGGAAGAGGAUGAGCAACAUCAGGAAGAAGAACAAGAGCAGGAAGAGGAAGGCGAGGACGGUGCAGAAAACGAGGAGGCGAAGACGGAGGAAGGAGAAUGCGAGGAAAGUUUGGAAAAGGAAGAGAUAGAAGGUGAAUUAGAGGAAGGAAAAGAAGGCGAGGGGGAAGAGGAAAUGGAAAAUGAGGAAGCAGGAGUUGAGGAAAAAGAGGAGGAGGAGGAGGGGGAGGAGGAAGAAGAAGAAGAGGAGGCAGCAGAGAUGGAGGAAAAUGUAGAACAAGAGGAGGGCGAGACAGAGGAGAAAGCUGAGGAGGAGGAGACUGAGUUUGAUUCCCGGGUGAAUCGUGCCAAACUGACCAGCACUGAGCAAUUCAGCCUUCGUCCAAACAAGAUGGCUACUCGUCCGUGA